ACCAUCUUUCGUUCUUCUUUCCAUCAGCUCGUUCCAACGCUCCGACAUCACAAUCAUCGUUGAUUUCUCCUUCCAUUGCCUCAUUUCUCUUUCUCGACUCAAUCGCCAUGCGUUCGAUCUCCAUCGCCGUUGGACUGUCCCUGUUGCACACCGUGCUCGCUCAGAGAUCAAACUGCUACGGCGGAUACUGUUGCUCUGGCUCCAUUGUGGGAGGAUGUAAUGGAAACGACAUCUCCAACUUCAUUUGCUGCGUCGGCGAUACCAAUCGUGGCCAGAACGUCUGCGUCGGCGACGGCGUCUUGACGUGCUCGGCCGGCAUCGCAACUCCAUUGGCUUCCGCGACUGUGACUCUCGCCGUUGCAUCAUUUCCGCCAUCGUCUUCGACGAUUACGAUGUUGGAAACGACCAGCCCGACGAGUCCGACCGCCGAGAUCUCGCAGACCGAGUCUUCCACCCCGUCGUCCGAUAUGACGACCCCGACCGCAAUGUCGAGCCCAUCCAUGACGAGCCCGUCAGUCAUGACCACCUCGAGCUCGAAGUCUGCACCAGCAACGAGCCCCACCCGCAACGCUGCCGUGAAUGCUUUCGGCGCCAUGCCAGGUCAAAUGGCAUUCAAGAUGGUGGCAGCGGCAAUCAAUGCUUUUUAAGCCACGAUAUUAUUGUAUCAUUGGCACUCUCGAUUGAUCGUCAUCAGUAUGGGAUACUACAAGGAGGGCAACCGGUGAUGGUCCGAUACAGGCAGCAGAUCUAAGCGGUUUCAGGCAGGGUUCUCUUUGGACACACAUAUUUGUUCGAUCAUAUCAGGAGGUACGACGACUGCAUCAUACUUGGACAAAGGGGAGAGAACAGAGAAAUGGACGACAUGGGUUGGGACGUAUUAUUAUGCUUUUUUGAUCUAUUUCUACGUAUCAGAUCUACAAUGUAAACUUUGGCCCAA